CUCGGCCACAUUGCAGUAGUGUUCCGCUCUCCAUACUAAAUAGGAAACUGGACGUGAUGUGGAAUUAGAGCCUACCCAGCCGAAGCCACCCAACACUUACUACAAAUAUAGCCGCGAUGCGUAGGCCACAAAAUGGCUCCACUCACUUUUCCCAAUGAAAAGCAAAUGGAUUUAGCAGUUUUAUCCCGAUGCGGGUGUCCUUCCUCUCUGUAAAGUCGACGAUGGACAGGCCUCCCGCCCCGCCGCCCCCCAGUGACCCCCGCGAUGCCCGCCCUCUCCGGCGGCACGACUCGGAAGCGGAGACCACGAGCGAGCCGGAGAGCAGCCGUGGAGGCAUGGAGGCGCCGGCCGACCCCCAGCUGCUGCUCAACGGGGCGUCCAAGGAGGCGGGUCGGCCCUCCCCCGCGCCCCCCGCCGCCCCCGUGCCCGUGCCCGUCAUCGAGCUGGUGCGCCGGGGGGGCUCUCUGGACAUAAAAACCCGGGAAGCAGCAGGGGAGGCGAUGCAGAGAGCUCCGGGCGCCGAGCCGUGCCGCGCAGCCGAGGCCGCCUGUGAGACCCGCAUGGUACAGCUGAGCCCCCCCGCUCUCCCAUUGCAGCCCCCCGGCAGGGCCAUGCUCUACAACCUGGGGCAGCCGCUUGCCACCAUCAACAGCGGCUUCUUCGGUGAACCGGACUCUUUCUCUAUGUACGGCAGCAAUCGGGUGAAGAGGAGACCGUCUCCCUACGAGAUGGAGAUCACCGACGGUCCUCAUACGAAAGUGGUCCGUCGCAUUUUUACCAACAGCCGGGAAAGGUGGAGACAGCAGAACGUCAACGGAGCCUUUGCAGAGCUUCGCAAGCUCAUCCCCACUCACCCCCCUGACAAAAAACUGAGCAAGAACGAGAUUUUGCGCCUGGCUAUGAAAUACAUCAACUUCCUUGCCAAGCUGCUCAAUGACCAGGAAGAAGAAGGAAACCAAAGGGGCAAAGCAAACAAAGACUCUGGGAUAGUCCAGGAAGACCUCCUGCAGGACAUGUUGUCACCUAACUCUAGCUGUGGAAGUUCUUUAGAUGGAGCAGCAAGUCCUGACAGCUUCACAGAAGAGCACGAAACGCUAGAUUCGAAGCACACGCGGAGCCUCCACCAUGCCAUUCUCCCCGUAGAAGGCAAUGCGCAGCGGUGAUGACCUUCCACGUCGCUCCCAAAGUGUUAAGUGGGGAGGCGAGACCUAGCGUGCAGAUGCUGGAACUUGUGCCUGUGGGAUUUGUGAUUCUGCCUUUCCUCAGGAGCUCGAGCUCCCUGUCCUCCCCAGUCUGGGAUGGAGCGGCUGGAGUGUUGGCCAAGGACAAGACCAAACCAGAUGGACAUUUGGUGUUUAGGUACGUGAUCGUACAAAGAAGAACAGCGUUGAAGUCAUCUUCAUUGUACAUACUGCUCAUGAUGUGAUUCUGGAGAGGGGAAGGACACGUGGCCAGCAUCUCUCCAGCAUUUAGAGGAUUUUCAAAUCGUUUGACAGCUGUCGCUUUUCAGUCGCCCAGUUGAGGCAUUGAACUCCUCUUUCACUGCCGACAGAGGCCGCCGACGCUUUCCAGCUCCGUGUGGCGCUGGAGACUGCUGAAACAUGCAGUGCUGCAGCAUUUCUCCAGCCUGUGGCAGGAGCUGAGGCCAUGUGUUCCUGUUGUCCCAGAGUUUUUGACUGUAUCUUUUUAAAGAGGUGAAAAAAUAACUUCAGCAAAAGAACUAUUAAAAGGAUUAAGACUCUUCCUUCUUCUCUCUUUUUCUUUUCUUCCUCUUCAUUUUUUUCUUCCCCUCUUUCUUUCUUUCUUUCCUUUCUACCUAACUUUGCAUCAUUUGGGGUUGUUGUAUUUAUGACAUUGGAUUACUUCUGUUCAACACUGUCAUGCAGUAUCCACUGAACAAAAAGGUACAUAGGUGUUUUCUGCUGCCCUCCCAGUCCCUGAUUCUUCUGCUGGUAACACUUCCUGGGUGAGCUCCAAGCCUGUUAUGGUCUCUUAGAUUUUUCCCAGCAGUGUCUGUAUGGCUGGAGCUUCUCUCAAGGAAGAUGAAUUUCAGAAUUGACAAGGGAAAAAAAAUACUUGCUAGUGAAGCAUCCCCUUGGACUGGAGGAUUUUUCAAUUCCAAAAGCAACAAAAAAGCAAAAGGAGUUGAUGAUGCAUCAACAGUGUGUGUGUGUGUGUGUACAUAGGGUUAUAAAAAAGUUUUAAUGAUAUGCUUUGAAUUUUUUUUGUUCUAUUGUGUGAAAAUGGUGGUGGUCCAGAUGUGUCAAUGCCCAUAGGCUGGACUACAGAGCUGGGUUUAAUCCAGAGUUAGGAAAGUCCUUGUCUGCCUGAGGCUGGUAGGAGCCCACAGCCUCUCCAAAUCUUCUGGGGAAGUACUAAAAGCAGUGGUGGGAUUACCCUCAUUCCUGAGUGCUCACAUUGGUGCAAAGUUUGAUAUCUACCACUGAGUCAAUCCUCUGAUCCCUGCUGCCCCCAGGGAGGGCAUUUGGGAAACAGGACUGGGGAGCAGAAGGCUUCUGCUGCAGUGGCUGGGAGCUGAUGACCACAUCACAACAUCAUCGCUACAUCAAGCCCAUCUUCACCCCAUCACCUGAUGCCUGAUGGAGCAGUUACCCCAACAUAGUUUCCCUCUGCAGAGAUGUCAAGGCACAGAAAUUUUUAGCAUUCUACAGUGAAAAAAAAUUAAUACCCACAAACAUCCUUUGGAAGGGAAAAAGUCCUUUGAACAGGGACAUUUCCACUGCUCUUGUUCAUUUUUGAGGGUGCUGAGGUACAAGGAAACAGCAUUUUGGCAUGUGGUCUGCAAGCCCCUCCUGGCUUAAUUCGGAGCCCUGUUAUUUUCAUUCCCACUUGCUUUUAGUGCCUCUUUGUAAAUAAUAAUUGGAAGGCUGGCACAGGGAUUGGCACAUUACAUGGAGUCAGUUACCUGGGAAGGGUUCCUGGCCCAAGUGAGGGUUUCCAUCAUAGAUCCCAAAUACUUCUAAAGCACCAGCUGUACCCAUCUUCAAUUGGAGGAAAGGAGAAAAAGUCCUUCCUGGGUCUGGAUCACCUCUUCUUGAGAGUUUUUGCUAAAAGGGGUUAUCCCCGGGGCUGGCCAGGGGAGAGGUGCCACCAGGUGACGGUGUGACACUGAGGAAGAGGUUUGGGCUGCUCCAAGUGCCAGGGGUAGGAGAGGUAGCGGUGAGGGCCGACAGAUAGGAGCCCUUUGGGAAAUGAGGAUGAUGCUGUCACACAGGUCAAGCUGUUUGUGGUUCUCAGCAUUUGAAAUAACCCCAGGCUGGGGUGGGUGAGGGUUCUGCAGCCUUUUUAUUAAACUCUUACAAGAAACUUACUGAUGCUCAGAAAUUCCUUACUGCCCACAUUAUCAUUACCCUAAAAAAUCCUUUUGGUAGCUGAACAGUUGGCAAAAUGGUACAACCUCGGCGGCACCCCCCUAGGACCCUCAUGCACAGGCAUGCCUACUCGUAGCCCUCAGCAGAGUGUGCUGUAGGUCUCCAGGGGUAUGUACAGGUGUACUUUAAUUGUGAUUCGAAUGGUACAUGUCCUCUGCCCACCUCUCCUCCUGCCCGCUUCAUCUCUCGCCGUGGGGACCGUUGCCUCCUGUUUCUGUUGGGAACAGCACUUUGGGGCAAUGUCAUACUGUGUGAGUGAACCCCUGCCUUACCAUUUUGGGGUUUUUCAGCCCCAGCCCUUUCUCUGCCACCCUUCUCUUGGAUUUCUGCAUUUUUUCUGCAGAAAUGAAGUAACCAGACCUGGUACCCUCAGUCUUGACCCGCUGUGGACGUGCUAUUUAGAAAACACAUUUGUUGUAAUGUGUGUGUAUAUAUAAAUAUAUAUAUAUAAUGAAUAUAUCAAGAAUAUUUCUAAAUAAAGUUUUACAAAGCAGCCUCCA